UACUGUAUAAUUUGUUAAAGUGGCGCCAAAAGUGUUUGUUAAUUGAACGAUAUAUAUAUAUACAAGGUAGAAUAAAUAGUUUUUCGUAAGUUUUGUAUACUUUUACAAAUUUCAUCUUAGUGCGAUAAUGUUUAAUGAAUAUCGAAAGAAAUAAAAAUAGUUUGUUCUUCGUUGGUAAAUAAAAAGAAAAUCAUUUUGUAAAAACUUAUUUAAAUUGCAAUCGUGUAUGACUCAGAAUCUGUUGUUCAAAUGUAUAUGAAUUUAAUGCAAAAAAACAAUCAUUUAUUAUUUAUGUAUGACAUUACAUAGGAACGUUAUUAAUAAUGUGAAUGUUUGUAUAUCGUUUGAAUAUGGAAUAUAAUUCUGAAUCUAGUUGCGAAAGUCAUCUGAGAGAUUUACAAGCAACGAAGGAACCUUCAGAAUUAAAAGAGCAACAACAAAAGAAGGGUGGUCAAGCGUCACAUUUUUCUGUAACUUUACCCUCCCAUUCUUCGAAAGAUGUACCAAAGCAACCAAACCUAUCACUAGAUGCAGCCAACAAAAGUCUUUCCGCACAAGUAAUGGAAUAUUAUGAAAAAUAUUCCCAUAGUUCUAAUUUGGAUCAAUAUUUUUCAUUACCAGCAUCGAAUAUACCUACGGAAUCUGUUAAGUAUUAUUACGACGUUUAUGAAUUAAAUUCUAAAUUAGGUAACAGCAGACAAGAUUGCAUUGGAGAAGAAUAUCAUUUACCAGCUUAUGUUCCUAGAGAACGACGUAGAUGGGUAAGACCACCAUUAAUUGGUCAGUCUUCCAGCACUGAAAGUUCUACCCUAUAUAUUCAACCGCUGACAAAUCCGCAAUCUCCAUCACCAGAUUUAAAGCACGUUACAACUUCUGAAAGAAGUUCUGAUAUCAAAAACGAAAGUCAAGAAGUACUUCUAGAAGGUAACGAAAGGAAGAUAUUUUCGCCUACUUCUAGCGUCGCUUCUCAUAAACCUUUGGAAUGGGAUAGCGGUGCGGAUGUUGGAUAUUACAAUUCUUUACCUCAUAAUAAACAUAACAAUAAGAAAUUAAGCACCAUAGAACGUAUGGCAUUGGCUAGAGGAUGCUCUGCGGCUCUGAGAUUAGAUCCAGAAGGUACUACUGAAUCUGGUGUCAUUGGAAGAAGCAUGACAAUGCAACACAAUUCAAAAUCAUUGCAAAAUCCUAAAGCAAGUUCUACUUUAAUAACGGAAAAUAUUUCUGAAUCAGAAAGUGAAAUUGAAAUAACUCCUAUAAUGAAAAAUAUGUUACCAGGCAUAAUCACUGGUAGUGAUAUCAAAUCGGAAAAGAAACAUUCUCCCAAACAUUCUAAAUUAAGUCUUACAACUCAAAAUCUAAAGGAGAAAGAUUCAAGUACGAGUUCACCAAAAUCUUCAUAUAUUUUAAAAGUACCUUCUGUAAAACAUUCGAUUGAAAGAAAACAGCCUAUAAAUAACAAAAAUAUAGAUAAUGAAGAUUUUUGUCAAAACUCUCUUUUAAAAAAAAGUACUUCGAUGAACACAAUAACUCCAACGACUUUUAAAAAUAUCUUAAAGAGAAGUCAAAGUGAAUUAAAUCUAUAUGCAAAAGAUAAAAACAAGGUAACAUUACCAUUAAUUUUCAAUUCAACAUCUUCCAUAUCUACAGUUGUAAAUAAACCUACUACCUGUGAUAAAGUCAUACAAACAAGUUUAAAUACAUUUCCUCAAGAAUCAGUUGGUAUACAAGUAUCCGUUCAAGAAGAAGAAAAACCACCAUUACCUAAAAGAGGAACUAGUUUGCAAAGAUCAUUACAAUCUAUUUUAAAGAAUCCAAAGAGUACAUACAAAAUCCAAAAUUCCCAAACAAAUAGGAAUGAUCAUAAAAGUGGCGUUGCUUGUGUCAGAAAAGAAACAAGAAACAAAACAUAUCACAGUAGCUCAGAUAUAUCGCAAAGUGAAUCAAUUCCUUUAACGCCUCAAUUUGAUGAGGCAGAAAAUAUCAGUGGAAGAGUUAACAGUUUCGAAUAUUUUCCUGGUCAUAUAUAUGAAAAUGUUCCAAAUAGAAGUGGUAGUCAUGUUUCUUCUAUUGAUACAGGAGAAUCCAAUUCGACUUUCCCUAACACUAGUUCUAGUUUAAGCGAAAAAUUGUGGGGCAAUUCUAACAGUUUAGUACGAGAUUUGGAAAGAAGCGUUAAUAUACUUAAAUCUUUAGUUGAUGCCAAUAAAUGCGACAAACAAGUUAAAAAACGAUUGAUACAUCACGUCGUUAAAAGACUUGUAACAGCCAGAUAUGCUGAUGAUAAAAUUGAUCAUAAUAUAGAAGAUAAUAUACCGUGGCAUGCAGAUGAUGCUAGGCAAAAAGUCUAUCAAACUGAAAGUUUACAUGCUUCAAAAAAGAAACAUAGUACUACUACUUCAUCCGAUAAUUGGAAAACCAGUACGAAAAGUUGUUCUAUACCAAAGUCUAUGAAAAAUGAUCAAGAAAUAAUAACACAGGAAACUUUAGUAAGUAGUAAUAGUGAUAAAUUUGAUGGAAAUACAGACAGAACCGAGAUGGAUGGAAGAAAAGCAAGAAUGAGUUUAAGAACUGAUGACUGUCCACAAAGUAGUAAUACCACAACAGAACCAGACAGGAGUGAAAGCUCGGAAUGUUUUGUUCCACAAAAAAAUCAGAAAGGCAAUAAGAUGAAGAAUGCAUUUUGUUUGAAAGAGAAAUGUAAAGUAUUGCAACGAAAUGAUACAACUUCUACGAAUAGUACUCCGCCUGAUCGCAAUAGAAUAUUAUUAGAUGCAGUUUUAAGUAGAAAAACUUCGACUUCAUCUAGUAAAAAUAUUGAAAAUAAUACAGAUUCUCAAUGGAGAUUUCCCACUACAUUAUCGGAAAGACAAUUUGAAUUGAAACGAUGUCAAAGUUCCAAUCCAGGAGAUUUAAAGUUAGUCGAUUAUGCUGAAAUGGAGAAAAGAAAUCAACUUCUCUGGAUAACAAAUGAAAUUAGUCAUCUUAGUAAUCUUAAAAAAUUAUUGGAACAGCCACGAAGACUGGAAAGAUCUAAAAGUUCGCCAAGAAAAUUAAAACCUGCAUUGUUUAAAACGAAACCAGUAUAUGUAAUGAUGCAGGAAAAAUCUGUUGAUACUGAUUUUGCCUACAAAAAUCCAUCAAAUUCAAAAGGAAAUUUCAUUGGAGAGCAAUGGUCUUCACAUUGCAAUUUAGCAACUUGUCAUUCUACUGAUACCGAUUAUACUAAUAAUAUACAACGCACAAAAAAACGAAAUAGUUCGUCGCAAACAGCUACUGAAGUAGUUGAUGCACACUCCAGAACAGGAGGAGAAAUUAUAACAACAUCAAAAGCACAAAAUACAAUGAAACUAGUUAAUACGGGUAUACAAACAUACCACCAGGAAAUAUUUCCAAUUACUUCGUGUAUACAAAACGGAACCACGCAUCCCUCAAAAUGUUUGAUUCAUAAAAGUUUGACACAUUCAUCAAAUAAAUGCAAAUACGUUAAUCAAGAAGAACAAGAUGAGAAAGAUACUUUACAAGCUAUACCAAAUGCGUGUUUAUAUUGUCCACAAGGCCAGUCUCAAAAUCCAUCGAUAAAAAAUAGAUGUCAUAUUCCUAUAAAAUAUGAUUUUACAAAAGAAGAUAGCGAGACAGCUACAGAAUCAACAAGAUUAUCUUGUACAAAUAGUAAUAGUGUAAGUUCAUCCCAACAAAACCACCGUUAUAUGGAUAAGAGCAAGAAUCAACUAAAACAAAAAGAAACUAAAAAUCAAAUAAAUGCAUCUAAAUCAAAGUACGCGUGUAAUUGUCAAUCUACAUUGAAGGCUUAUCAUAAUAAAUGUAAAUGUGACAUAAAUAAAAUGAAUAAGAAGACAACAUAUCAAAAUACCCAACCUGAAAUAUGUCCAAUACACAUAAAGCCCGCAAUGGAAAUCAUUGGUAAUAUAGCUUUUUGUGAACUUUGUCAUGCAAGGACUUAUAGUGCAUAUAGAAAUUCUUGUACUUGUAAAAAACAAGAAAAACCUACUGAAAGUACUUCCAUGCCAAUGAAUGGAUGUAAAUGUACAAAUGAAGUAAUUGAUGAAACACAAACUAAUAUGUUUACUAUGAGAUCUGAUCGGAGCUGUUUUCAAGAUAGUAGACCUGUAACUGAUUGUAAUAACCAACAGAAAGUCGUUAAUUUAUGUGGAUGCUCGAAAGAUUAUUCUUAUGAGAAUAAGCUCGAAAGUGAGAGUUGUAUGCCAAAUGCGUCGCACGAAACUUGCUCAAAUUUAAAGACUGAAUAUAACAGAAGAUAUCAUUCUGAGAGUUGCUCGAAAGCAGAACGGUAUCAAAUACAUACUCGACCUUAUUAUCUAAUUAACACAGAAGAGAAUGAAACUUCUCUGCAACCAAAAGUACAAACUAGAGUAAAAUGCAACUGCAGUAAGGAUUGUUCUUGCCCAAAUAAAAUAAAAGAAGAUGACAGUAACAGUCAUAGAACGAAGCAUAAUACGGAAUCAAACGAUAUUAAUGGAUCUAAUUCCAAUGAUUCUAAUAAAAAUUAUAAAUGCUGUCGUACAUGCGGCAAGGUAUAUCAAAACACCAGGAAAUGUAAUUGUCGUCAAACAUAUCCAAAGCCAGUGGCAUAUGAAAUAUCAUUUACCAAGGAGAAUAGUCAAAAAAAUAUUAGCACAAUAAAAAAGAUGCCAUUAUCUAAUACGAUCAAUGAUGCGAUUAAAUCCGAGAAGUGUACCUGUACCAGUAAAAGGCAAAAAGAAAAUAAUAAAAAUGAUAAAACAACUCUUCAGGAUUACUUAUCAAAAAACAAGCCAGAGUUUGUAAAUAAUGCUGAAACGCGUAGACAGUACGUGUCCGAGAUAGCGCAUCUUCGACAAUUAAGAAAAGAAAAACGUAUUCAAUUGCUCGCGAUGGCUAGUACAUCGAAUUCAAUUAAAUUUCCCAAAUUAAACAAACCAGCAGUUAAUGUACAAAAAAGGAUUACUGACGAAGAAAUAAAAGAACGAUUGCGUAAACGUUACCGCAGACUAAACGAGGUACGGGUUAAGCGACGAGAACAAGAAAGGCAAGAAGAAACGCGUCGUAAUAAGCUCAUGGCCAAAAUUUUUUGUAAAAAAUUACAGCAAAAAGUUUUGAGGGGCCAAGUGGAUCUAUCUCAAAGUGUCAGUGUGAUAUCUAAUAUAUAAUGUUAGAAUCUCACUGACGAUAAUUCUUUUCAUUGAAAUAAUUUUUAAACGUAUAUAAUAUAUUUAUAAUUUUACAUUGAAAUGAAAAAAUAUCGCGUGAAUAUUUAAUUUUUUUUUUUCGAAAUUUAUAUUUAAUGAUAUUGCUUAUAUUAUAUUUUUUUGUUUUUAUCUUAGAAUAAUCAUCAAUAUUUUUACAUAGUUAAUUCGAUGCAAUUAUACCCAGUGUUAAUUUUUAAUUUUUUGUUAAUAUUACUUUAUAAUUUAUUUAUCCGAUUGAACGAUUUACGAAUUCAUUAUUAUAUAACAGAGUGUACUAGUAAUUUAUAUAUAUAUAUAUAUUUUUGUCAAUGAUUUACCUCAAUCAUCUAUAUAUGUACGUAUUUUAAAUCAUUCGCGUGAAUGAUAAAAAUUUCACGAGAAAAUUAACAAAUUUAAGAUAUUAUCUCUCUCUCUCUCAUUGCAUAGAUAUAGCAUAAAUAUAUUAAAACCUUGCAUAACCGAAGUAUUAGUUUAAGUAUUUAUAUGAGAUUAAUUUGCUCUUGUCUUGCCAAGAUAUUUUCUUAUAUACCCAAGCAAAGUUAGUAUACUAUUUCAGUAAAUAGAUGGACCUGUUUAAUUUAGUCAUCAAUAAUCAAAUUUGUUAAUCGCGUUGCAAGAAAACAAACAAGAAAUUAUUCUGGUUAGAGCGAAUCAUCGACUAUGAAAAAUUUGAAACGCUUAUGAAACUAGAAGUAGUUAGUACCUGAAAUGAAGUACAGAAUAAAUUUAUUAGAUGUAAGUUUUAAGAAAAAUUAUUAUUAACAGUUCUAGAUUGUAUUUUAAUGUAUUCUUAUCUUUUUUGUACGAUUUUUAAUGUACCUAUGUCUAAAAAAUAAGAAAAAAAAGAACAUAUUACUUUACUCAGAUUAUUUUCAUUUCAAUUAAAGAUUUUUUUCGUGAUAUGAUUAAUUAAGA